UUAUGGGACGGAGGGAAUAUAUCUGUAAAAUCAUACUCCGUAUUUCAUAUAAAUUAUACAGCAGUAUAUUCUUUAUGAGUUUUGUACCAUUCUCUACUUUUAUGUAAUUAACGACAAUGAUAAUGAACAAAUUUUAUGAUUGAGGAGUGGUCAAAUCAAUGACUCCCUAUGAUUUUACACAACAAAAAACUCAAAAGUAUAAUUACAGUCUUAUCCUUAGAAUACACACAAACACACACUAUUGACUAUGGAUUAUUAUAUUCGUUACUCAACAUAAAGCUCAUUUGCAAUUUUGCAUGAUCCAUAUAUAAUGAUAUAAAGAUCACACUACUCUUAUAAAAACUAUACCUCAAAUAUUCACAUUCUCCCUUAGCUACCAUAGUUAAAGCUUAGAGAGUAAAAUGAGAAAAAACUUCAUGAAAUUCCGAGUAUCCCGAGUAAUCCCCACCUUCCAUUCAUGCCGUUCUAAACACCCUUCAACCCUCCCAUCAAAUCCUGUCCCUUCAUUCCUCCACCACUCUUCUUCCACCUCCACCGCCGCCACCGCAACAACCCUUAACAAACAAAUAAACCUCCCUACUACUCCGUCUUCAUCACGCUCCUCCACAAAACGCCACGUGUCAUCCGCCAUUUCGUCGGCUCGUCGCGGUUGUUUAAGAUCACACCCUUCCCCUGAACCCUCCCACACUGAAUCAUCUCCAAAACUUAAACUACCCUCCCAUCAUUGGCACUUCAUCACUAAACUCCCCCAAGAAUAUCAUAAUUACGAUUCUACCCCUCCUCGUCGUAAAAUCUACAACUCCGCCGCAUCCGACACUGAUCACGAAAACGACGUCGUAUUCCUCCCUCCCAAAACCAAAACCCGACCCGGAAGAAAAAACCGACGACGAAGACGAAACUUCCAGAAGGUUCGAAUCAGUACCUCCUCCGACAGCGGAAUCUUCAGCGACGAUAAUCAAGAGAGAGAAACAGAAACCCUCGUCUCCACCGAUUCUACUAGCCCUAAAGUCAACAAAAAGUCAAAGGAGAGAGAAAGCAAGAAAAACCCGAGAUCGUCGUUCGAGUUACCGGCGCCGGCGAGAUUAUCGGCGUUUAUGAGAAAAAUGACACCGUGUAAGGCGGUGGUUGACGGUAAAGUAAGAGAGAGUUUUGCAAUCGUAAAGAGAUCAGAAGAUCCAUUGGAUGAUUUCAAGAGAUCAAUGAUAGAAAUGGUAGUGGAAAAACAGAUGUUCGAGGAAAAAGAAUUGGAGGAGCUUUUACGUUGUUUUCUGUCUCUUAAUUCAGAACGUCAUCAUGAAGCUAUUGUACGAGCUUUUACUGAGAUUUGGGAUGGCCUAUUUUGUCAGUCAUCAGAGUAAUUAAACCAGUUAGUUUAUUAAUUGCUAGUUUUAGUAUGAAUUGUAUUUCAUGUGCUAAGAGAAAGCUAAUUUGACUGUGAUAAUUAAUUAAUUAAUUAAGGGAUUUAGAUCUUGAGGUUAAAUAGAUGGUUAGAAUAUUCUUAAUUGUAUGAUCCCGAUUUAUUGAGUUACAUAAUGGUGGUUGCUUAGUUCUAGAGGUUGACUAUAUAUUAUGUAUGGCGGUGCUCUAUGAGAUUAUGGCGGAAUCGAGGGUAGAAAUGUCGUUUUGUUAUUUUUAGUAAUCUUGUUGUUUCUAAAUACUUUGUAUGUAAUGUCUGAGUCGUUUGAUGUAUAGCUUUAACGGUAAAUCACUUGUAAAGUACUCGUGUUUAUCAAUAAUAAAAUUUACUUAGAUUCGUACUCGUU